AGGCCAGAAGUGGUGGCCAUCUUAUUAUGAAGGCACCUACUAAUAGGCGGUCACGGUUGUUAUAAAGGGAUAGACGAUUUUACAUCCAUGCCUUCGCCGGGAUUCGAACCCGGGCCCUUCGGUAAAAGUCAUUAAUCACUUUCCCGUCUUGGAGGCAUAUAUAAAUAUUCUCGUUGAAAACCUGAAAGUAUAUACAAGAAAACUCGGAAGGCAAAAUACAUUCAUGGUCUGUCAAGAUAACGAUCACAAAUAUUCACCUGUGAUUAUCAUAAAAAUUUCCUAAAGUCACCAAAACUCCUAAUUAUUCUGCGAGCUUAAAUCUUAUUGAACAUGCAGGGAGUGAAUUGAAGAAAAGAAUAAGAAAGCAUGAUAUUUCUUCGUUUUACUAAAAGCAACUCUUACAUAGGAAUGAAAUAAAUAGAACAUUCUUACACAAAAAAAUUAGUUGACUCCGUUCCAAAGUCAUAAAAAGCAUCAUUUUAGAAUUUUAGAUAAAGGAUGUCCAAAAAUGUAUAUGAAAAAAAAAAAAAAAAAAAACUUAUUUUGCUAAUACUGAUUAAUCGAUAUUUGCAAAUAAAUCUGAAAAACUUUAGUGUCUGAAAACAAUUGUAAGCCACUGUAUGUAAUUUUGACUGAGGAAUAGUUCUGAGACUUCAUAGAUACCGUUAGUUCGGGCAUUUUAUCCUUAUUGCUGUAUGGGCAGCAACUGCUGUCAAACAGUUCUAAAUAACUAGAAUUUUGUUUUCAGCAGCAGCAUUAUCUUUAAUACUAAAGAACGAAAGAGAAGACAGGAAAAUUAUUUAUUUUCUUUUGCCUCGACUUUAUUUUAAUUUUAGUAAUAUAUAAAAUAUCAUCUCAGGUAGCGUAAUGGCGUUUGUUGGCUGACUUGGCGAUGAUAUAAGGUAACCCUCCUCUAAGCACUCGUUACUAUUUUGUUGAUUGCAUCGAAAGAGGGAGGUCGAAAUGCUGAGGGGCAUCUGGGGUCUCGUUGAAGCUUUUGCGUCCCGGGUAUUAAGAUGUAAAUCAGAAUUGGGUGAAUGAGGGAAGGCCCAAAAGAGCUUCCCAUAACGUUUGUGUCUAGUUUGGCGCGAAAAAAUGACAGCAGACGCUAAACUGGAUCAGGGAGAAAUACCACCGCUCAAUGCGGUUCAUCAACAACCGCAGGAACCUUUGGAGCUUGUUGCUGCAGGACCAGAUCAGAAAAACUGGCGGGGUAUUGGUAUAGCACUUUUAGUAAUUGUUGUGGUUUGUGCUCUUAUAGUUGCAGCUAUAGUCCUAUUAACACCAGGUGAUAAAGGUUUUAAUCUUAAAAAAAGUAGGAUAUCUUUAGAAGAAGUAGUAAAAGGUCAUUUUAGCUAUAGGAGAUUCAAUGGCACUUGGAUAUCAGACCAUGAGUUUUUGUUCCAAGAUGCUUUUGGUGCUAUCGGAAUCUAUAAUGUGGCAAAUAGUACUGAAGAAGUUAUUAUGUCUAAUACAACAGUUAGGCAGUACAGCAUAUCUCAGUUUGCUUUGUCUCCUGAUAGACAAUAUCUCCUUCUGUCACAUAAAUAUCAAAGGGUUUUCAGGUAUACUUUUAAAGCAGCAUUUUUGUUAUACAAUAUCAGCAGUGACUACUUAGCUCCCCUUUUCCCUGAGACACCAGAAUUACACUUGCAGUUUGCAGCAUGGGGACCAGUGGGAAAUCAGCUUGUCUAUGUGUUGGAUAAUAAUGUAUACUAUUUAUCUGAAAUUUCUGCAAAACCUCGCCAGAUAACUUCAAAUGGUAUUCAGGGAAUAAUAUAUAAUGGUAUUCCUGACUGGGUGUAUGAAGAAGAAGUUUUGAGCUCUUCUCAUGCUCUGUGGUGGUCGAAAGAUGGAAGAAAACUAUGCUUUGCUACAUUCAAUGAUACAAAUGUGGAUAUCCUAGUGUAUCCAUACUAUGGUUCCUAUACAGAAACUAAUAAUGUGUAUCCAGAACUCAAGAGUUUGAGGUAUCCAAAGGCUGGUCAAACAAAUCCUACUGUUGCUCUUUCUGUCGUUGACUUGAUUUUACCUAGAGAUCCUGUUAAUGUUCAACCACCUAAAGAAUAUAAAGAUGUAGAGUAUUAUUUUACUGAAGUUCAGUGGCUUGACAAUGAUGCUCUUUCAAUAACAUGGUUAAAACGAUCUCAGAAUACAUCAAUAAUAAGUAUAUGUCAAGAAUAUGAUGGUUGGAGCUGCAGAAAGAACUUUCAAGUUGACACAGCUGGAAGUGGUUGGGUUGAAUUAAAUACAAAAUCUAUAUUUUCCUCUGAUGAAAAGAAUUACUUCCUGCGACUGCCUGGUCCACCAGAAGGUAGUGCUGGACGCUUUAGACAUGUUGCUUCUGUGGACAUCAAGACAGGAUCAAAAACAUUUCUGACUAGUGGAAAAUAUGAUAUUGUUCGUAUUUUAGCCCAUAGCAUGGAUAAGAAAACUGUAUUCUACAUAACAACUCUUGAAGGGAAACCAGGCGAAAGACAUCUCUUUAGUGUCAAAGAAACACAAAACAGUACAAAAUGCUACACAUGUGAUAUAGGGCCAGAUUGUCUUUUCAAUGAUGUGCUAUUUAGUCCAAAUUUGACAUAUUACAUUUUGGAAUGCUUAGGUCCUGGAAUUCCACGCAUAGAAGUUCGUUUAACAGACACUAAUAAACUAGUAUCGAUUUUGGAAACAAAUGAUGAUUUGAGAAACUUAGUAGAUAAAAGAGCCAUGCCAAAAAUUAAAAAUCUAAAAGUGCCUAUUGAUGGAAACUAUUAUGCUAAUGUACGUCUCUUUUUACCACCUACAUUACAAGAGUAUGAGAUUACUAAAUAUCCAAUGCUUGUUGAAGUCUAUGGUGGACCUGGAAGCCAGAUGAUUACUGAGAAAUUUAGUGUGAACUGGGGCUCUUAUUUAGCUAGUAAAAAGAAUGUCAUUUACACAUGGAUUGAUGGAAGAGGGAGUGGUUACCAAGGUGACAAAAUUUUACAUGAACUUUAUGGUAGGCUUGGUACUGAUGAAGUUUUUGAUCAAAUUUCAGUUACAAGUUACUUAAAGGAAACUUUCCAGUAUAUUGAUAGCAAACGUGUAGCUAUAUUUGGUUGGUCUUAUGGUGGUUAUGCCUCUGCUUUAUCUUUAGCAAAUGAUGAAAAAGUUUUUAACUGUGGAAUUUCGGUUGCUCCAGUAACAAGUUGGCGUUAUUAUGAUUCUGUAUAUACUGAAAGAUACAUGCAACGACCUCAGGAUAAUCUUAAAAAUUAUGAAAAUUCGGAUGUAAUGAAGAAAGCUGCUAAUUUUAAAGGAAAGAAAUAUCUUCUUAUUCAUGGCAGUGCUGAUGAUAAUGUUCACUGGCAGCAGUCAAUGAUGCUUGCAAAAGCUUUAACUGAUGCUGGGGUUAUAUUCCGUAUGCAGGUUUAUCCAGAUGAAAACCAUGCACUGGGCCAUGUAAAGCUACAUCUUUAUCAGACAAUGGAUGAUUUCUUAGACCAUUGCUAUUCUGACAUUUCUAAAGAAGAUGCUGCUUAUUUUCAGCCCUCAUCAUCUGAUCCUGAAAGAUAGGUCUGAAAGAAAACUGUUUAUUGGGAGGGGGGAUAUCAUUUUCAUCUGAUACGAGCAUCAUCUCUGUCAUUUACCAUCUGUUAUUAUAAACUGUGGUACUGAUUUGUAAUUAAUUUGUUGUGUAUCAUUUUAUUGAAUUUUCUAUGACAGGAAGUCUGAAAUGCUUGCUUUAUAACUAAGUAUAGAUUGUAGCUGAAUGUAGUGGACAUCUCUGUGUUUCCAUCUGCAUGUAGCUGUUGUGAUUUUAAUUUAUAAUUCAAAAUAUAUAACUCAACAAAUAUGUAUUUACAAUUAAAUAGAGAACAUAAAGCUAUGUAAUAACAGAAAGAAUAGUGCUGAUGUUCCUGAAAUUUUCUGAAGAUUGUACUAGAAUGCUUAUGAUUGUUAUACGCUAAAUUAAAUUAAAGAUAUUUUCUGAUUCUCACUUUAUUUAUAGCAAACUUUUUUUAAUUACUGAUAUCACAAUAAGCUUUGUGCUUGCUUAUGAACUUAAUAAACAUUAUUUCUAUCUUACUUAAAAAUUAUAUUAUAUUACAGUACUUUAUAUAAUUUUCACUUUUCAACUUUCUAAUAGUAUCUGUCUUUAGGAAGAAUACCUAUCAUUAUGAUCAUUGAUAAUUGUAAUUGGAUAAUUUGUUUCUUUAAAAAUUUUAAAUAUUUUGUUCACUGUGGCUAAAAUUAUUAGUUUCUGAGAUAAUUCAGUUUUACUUAAUUUUAUCAAGAGCAUUGAGUGGCUCACAUUUGUUCUUGGACAUCUGUGCUUUUUAAGUUUUAUUUCCAAAUAUGAGUACCAAAUUUUAGUGAAUUAACUUGUUUUCUCUCAUGUAUAUUAUUGACAAUCUUUUUUUAAAACCUGCUUUUAAAAAAAAAAUUAUUCAAAAUGUUUUUGGUUUAAAAAAAUUACUCAAAAAAUUCUGAAAAUGAACUUACACAAGUAUCCAAACACUUCAAAUGAGCAGCUUAAAUUUAAUAAAAGAAUGAAAAUAACAGGACAGCCAUCAUUAAUCAUCAUUAGAUAGCUUUAAGUUAAAAUUACACUAUUCAUACGCUUUGGUUUGGAUUUAAUGAAAUUUUUCAAAUAACAAUAUUCAGUUUUCCCCCCUCCCUCCACAAAAAUUGCUUUAAUUAGAGCUUUCAAAAAAAAUAUCAUGUUUAUUUAUGUUUUCUAACCCACUCCAUACAUGUUCUAUAGUAUUUAAGCUCAAAGAAUAUGAAUAGUAUAGAAGAAUAUGACUUCAAAGAAUAUGAAUGAAAUAACAGUUAUAUAAUAAUAACCACAAGUGGACAUUUAAAAGGCUGUAUGUUUAGGAUCAUUAUCCUGAUAGAAGUUAAAUGUAUUUUGCAUUCGAAGUUUAUAUGCAGAUGCUUCAUUAAUAAUAUUUAUAUAUUUAUACUGAUCUGUAUUAUUUUCUAUAAAAAGUGAAUUUCCUACCCUGAGGCAGAAACACAUAACCAACCCAUUAUGCUUUCACCUUCAUGCUUAACAGUUGAACAUAGCUUUCAAGAAUUCACUUCCUCAUUUGACUUGCAAUUCAUCCAUUGGACCCAACUAUAUUAAAUUUUGACUUAUUUUGCAAAUAUGUGUUCAAUAUGAUAAAUCUUUGCUUACUGCGGACUUUGUGUAUGUCAGGUCAAUUUUCAUUGCUUCUUUGUGGAAACGCUUUCUUCUUACUGAUCACCCAUUAUAUCAAUGUGCCCUAAAAACUCAUCAAAAAAUUUCAGGAUUAACUUUUAUUGCUAGCCAUUCUUCUAAAUCUCCUGCAAGUUUUACAGCACUAACUUUUGAGCUUUAUUGGAAUGUGGUCCAGAUUUCAAUGCAUUUUAAAGAGUUCCAUGCAAUUUCAGUCAUUUUAAUACAUUAAAGGGAGUUGAAUGCUUUCAUCAAGAAUAUUUUUAAUAGUUUUAUCAUCCUUAAAAUUAUAAAUAAUUAAAUUUUGAACAGAAUUUGCAUUAUUUUAUAGUAUCCUACUAUGUUCACUUUCAGUAUGGAACUGUUAAUAUGGUUUGCUAAGUAAUUCAUAAUUUCCAAAUGCAGACAAUAAUUCUUGUGAUUUAUUUUCAUUUUAAAUAAAGUAGGAUAAGAAACAUCAUCUUUCAGAACAUCUCAAUAAAACUUUAGAGUGUCCUCAAUUGAAGGCUGUAGAAAUUUUAAAGUGUUUUGUCCUGAUUGAUUAAUACUUUUGGAAUAAAUUGUUUUAUUGCAAAACAUAUUUUAAUGAUAUUUAUUUUCUGACAAGUCAGUCUUAAAAAAAGAGAAAAUAUAUAUUGAGAAAACAAUUUGGAGGCUAAGUUUUAAUAUCUAAUACAAGAUCUAUACAUAUAAAAUACAAGUGUGCAAAAAUAAACGUGAGCCACUGUAUUUCUAAAAGGAAUCAAAAUAUUCUGGAACAUUUGAAUCUCAUUAAUCCUAAAAACUGCACAUUUUUCAUCAUUUGAACCUUCUGAAUUCUAAUUAAAAAAAAAAAAAAGAAUGCCAUUUUUGCUAUUUAUUUCAAUUGUACAUGGGAUCUCAUUAUCAAUCUUAUGACAGUCUGCAAUUUGCUUUAAUUUUUAAUCUUUUUUUUUCCCCUCAUUUUGCAUAAUUAUAACAAGAUUCAAACAUUAUUGUACAUUAUUGUACAUGUAAAAAAUUUCAGUUUAUAUCUUUGUUGCCAAUGCUUUAUGAUUUCAAUUUUGGUAAAAUUUUUGCCAGAUUAUUUUCAAGUAUUGUACAAGCAUAAUACUAUUUCAACUUAGCCUAUAGAUUUAAUUACAUUCAGUUACACGGUAAGCUUGAUAUGGCCUUGGCAUACAGUAUUUCAGUAAAUGACUAGUGAUAAUGUAAAAACAUAAUUUUAUAUAAGAUAGUUCAAAUUAGUAGAUCUGAUGUAUAUUUAGAUUGGUUCCUUGUUAUCUGUGAGCUAUGGUGCUUUCAGCUAUUAUGCUAAGAUACAAUAUGUGCUAAAAAAAACACUUUUCAUUGUUUCACACUUAUAAGAUGUUCAGAUUAAAAAUCUGUGCAUUUUUUAUGCAUUGUGCAAUUCAAAAGUCUCUAGACUCUCAUUGUAAAUGUUAUGUACUCUAACAACAGAAAACAUUCACAAGGAUUGCUAAAUUUGGGGGAAAUGUUGAUCACUGAAGUACCCAUGUGCAUUAUGUGCAGUUAUUAUUAGAAUAUCAAGUGUAGGAUUUGGGAAAUAGGUAAGAAAGGAUUAUCACUAUGUGAAAAGUUUCAUGCAUGAACAGAGGUUUGCUUGUUAUAAGCAUGCUAGAAGUUGAGUAAUUUGCAUAAUAUCCUCUUAAAUGGGCAUUUGUAAUAUCCCAGUCAGCAUUUCAAACAAAAUGCUGAGAAACGUGUUGAUAUAGAUUUGUAUAUUACAAAACAUUAUGGUAAUUUCCUGCAUCUUUUAUAAAGGGAUACAUUUUGUUCAUUCUUAUUCUAAUUCAGUAAUCCUUUACGUUAGUACUCUACACCUAAAACAAAAUAAAUGAAUGGUAAAAUAAAGAUGUGACCUUUUAAGAUUAAGAGUUCAGCUACUUUUGAAUUGCACAGUAUCUAUGAAAAGAAAAUCCAUGCUAUUUAAUUAUACUGUUGCAUUUACUGUAGAGAAUGGUUAUUAAUAUAUAAUAAUUAAUAUUAAGAAUUUAAUGUUUUCCCCAAAGAGAUUCUUAAAAUUUAUGCAUUUUUCAAGUAAGCUACAUUUUUAUAUAAAUAAAAUGGCAGGGAAUUUUUUUUU